GUGCAGUUAUUGGCCGGGACUCUGUGUGCCGCUGUCGGCCAAUGAUGGAGCGGGGGGGAAUCUGGCGGCCCGGCCCCGCUCGGAGCCGGGAUGAGGCGCAGACGGUCUCAGAGAGAGCCUGGGAGUGAGUCACCGCGGAGCCCGCAAAGCAAUGCCCUUCUCCCCGCCGGACGCCGCUUCCCGGGGCGCGCGGGGCAGCGGCAUGACGGGGCGAGCUGAGGAUUUCUAGCCGGGGCGGGGGGGGGCGAAGCGGAGAGCGCGGCCGUCCUGUGCGAUGAACGGCGUUGCUGUGAGGAGCCGCGGGGUGACGACGGGGCAGGUACUGAGCCUCUUGGUUUUGUUCGGCGUUUCCGACUGGGUUUCCGCCGCGAUUCGCUAUGCGAUUCCCGAGGAGGCGCGGAGAGGCUCCGCGGUGGGGAACGUGGUAGCCGACCUGGCGCUGGACCUCGGGCGGCUGCCGGAGCGCCGGCUGCGGGUUGUGUCUGGCGGAAACAAGAAGUACUUUGGGGUGGAUCUGACGAGCGGCGCGCUGCUGGUGAGCGAACGGAUAGACCGGGAGGAGCUCUGCGGCGCGCUCUCUCCCUGCUCCCUCAGCUUUGAGAUCGUGGUGGAAAACCCGCUGGAGCUGUACAGCGGCGCCGUGGAGAUCCAGGACAUCAAUGACAACGACCCGGUUUUUCCCAGCAGCCAGGCGAGGCUGGAAAUCAGCGAGUCGGUGGCGGCCGGAGCGCGCUUCCCGCUAGAGAGCGCGCAAGACCCCGAUGUGGGGAUUAACUCUUUGCAGACCUACCAGCUCAGCGCCAACCCGCACUUUGCACUCGACGUGCAGACGAGGGUGGAUGGCAGCAAGUACGCGGAGCUGGUGCUGGAGAAGGAGCUGGACAGGGAGGAGCAACGGGAGCUGCAUUUGGUCUUGACUGCACUGGAUGGAGGCAGCCCGCCACGGUCGGCCCACGUGCAGAUCCUCAUUGAUGUUGUCGACGCCAAUGAUAACGCCCCGGUCUUCAACCAGUCCACGUACAAGGCAAGUGUGAGGGAGAACACACCCAGCGGUACCCUGGUCGCCAGGAUCAGUGCAUACGAUCUGGAUGAUGGGCCCAAUGGAGACAUUGUCUAUUCCUUCAGCAGCCACACACCCGCCAAGGUACGAGAACUCUUCACUCUGGACUCUGCCAUGGGGGAAUUGAGGGUCAAGGGACAGCUGGACUAUGAGGAAACGAAGCUGUACGAGAUUUACUUACAGGCUAAAGACAAGGGUGCUGCUCCUGGUGUGGCUCAUUGCAAAGUGCUGGUGGAAGUCGUAGAUGUGAACGACAAUGCUCCGGAGGUGACAGUGACUUCUGUGUACAGCCCUGUGCCUGAAGAUGCAGCCCCAGGGACGGUUGUAGCUCUGCUGAGUGUAACAGACUUGGACUCCCUUGACAACGGUCUGGUAAACUGCUUCAUUUCCCCUGGGAUCCCGUUCAUGCUCAGCUCCUCCCUCAAAAAUUACUACACAUUGAAAACAAAAGCAGCUCUGGACCGGGAAAAGGCAUCGGAGUAUAACAUCACUAUCACAGCCAGGGACUCAGGCUCACCACCCUUGUCUGCGGUAAAACAGAUCCAGGUGCAGGUGUCAGAUGUCAAUGACAAUGCGCCCAAGUCUUCCCAGGACUCCUAUGAUGUGUAUGUGCUGGAGAACAACAUGCCUGGCAUCCCCAUCCUUAAUGUGAGCGCCACAGACCCGGACCUUGGGCGCAAUGCCCAUCUCUCCUAUACCCUCUUGCAGAGUGACCCCACUGUAGGCCACCUCUUCUCCAUCAACAGGGAGAAUGGUACCCUCUACCUGCUCACCUCCCUGGACCACGAGGACCAGGUGGAGUUCAGCAUGAUGGUGCAGGUCCAGGAUGGCGGCUUGCCGCCUCUGGCCACUAAUGUCUCAGUCAGUGUGUUUGUCACUGACCUCAAUGACAAUGCCCCAACCGUGUUGUACCCUCACCCCAACACCACCGCCACCUAUACCGAUGUGGUGGCACCAGGCACUCCUGCUGGGCACAUGGUCACCAAGGUGGUGGCGGUGGAUGCGGAUGCAGGGUACAAUGCCUGGAUCUCCUAUACCCUGUUGCAGGCCACUGACCCCAGCCUCUUCUCAGUUGGGUUGCACAGCGGAGAGAUCUUCACAGACCGCCAGCUCCAGGAGGAUGACGCUCCCCAGCACAUACUAGUCAUCCUGCUGAAAGACCAUGGGGAGCCUGUGCUGUCAGCCAGUGCCACUGUCUCCAUCUCUGUGGCUGAGAUGGUCAAGGAGGUUCUCACUGACCUCACUGAUGUGGCACCCACCAAUGAUCCCAGGAGGCAUGUGACUUUCUAUCUCAUCCUGGCUGUGAUUUUGGUGUCAGCAGCCUUCUUCAUCACCAUGUUGUCAGUGGGCAUCUUCAAGUGCUACAAGUGGAGGCAGUCGAAGGAGCUGUUCAACAGCUCCAGGAGCACCCUGUACAGGACACCAGGGCCUUUCCACCACAUUGAUGCUGUGCGUGGUGGCUUCACGCCACCCAACUUCUACCACCAAGUCUAUCUCACCACAGACUCUCGCCAGAGUGAUCUCCUGUGUAAAAAGCCCUUCACUUCCAGCCCCCUGGGGAGCCGCCAGAGCACCAUGAGGAAUGGUGAGCCAGGGCUGUACCAUCAGAUCGUGGGCACUGCCAGCCGGCUCCCCACGCCUGCUGAGUUCCUCAGCGCCUGCUGCGUCCCGGGCCGGACGCGCACAGACAUGGAGAGCGUCAGCCUCCAGCGACCCGCCUGGAAAUGGCAAGUACUGAGUUUGUUUUUGCUCUGCGGCUGGGGCUGGGUCUCCGGGCAGAUCCGCUACUCGGUGGUUGAGGAGUCAGAGGUGGGAACUGUGGUGGGGAACGUGGCCCGGGACCUUGGCUUGAAGGUGGAGGAGCUGCCAGGUCGCAGGCUGCGCCUGGGUUCAGAGGAGAGCCUGCGCCACUUUGCCAUGCGCCUGGACAACGGCGCGCUAGUGGUGAGCCAGCAGCUGGACCGGGAGCGUCUGUGCGGAGCGGCUGCCAGCUGUGUGCUGUCGGUGCAGGUGGUGACAGAGAACCCCCUGCAGCUCUUCCGCUUGGAAGUGGAGAUCCUGGAUGUGAAUGACAACUCCCCGAGCUUCCCCACCUCUCGCCGCACCCUGCGUGUCGCCGAGUCUGCCACAGUGGCUGCGCGCUUCCCCCUGGAGAGCGCACAGGACCCCGAUGUGGGCACCAAUGCUGUGGGCUCCUACCGGCUGAGCCCCAACUCCCACUUCUCCCUGGACGUCAAGCAGCAGCAGGAUGGCAAACUCUUCCCGGAACUGGUGCUGGAGCGUGCCCUGGACCGGGAAGAGCAGCCAGAACUGCAGCUGGUGCUGACGGCUGUGGAUGGCGGAAGCCCAGCCCGCUCAGGCACGGUGCAGAUAACAGUGCUGGUCCAGGAUGUCAAUGACAAUGCGCCCACCUUUGACCGCACUAUCUACAAGGUGCAAGUCCCGGAAAACAUGCCCAUGGGAGCCCUGCUCCUCCAGCUCAAUGCAUCUGACCCUGAUGAGGGCCCCAAUGGGGAGACACAGUACUCCUUUGGGGUUCACACCUCUGACUCGGUCCGGAGGCUCUUUGCCCUGGAUCCCCGCAGUGGUGAGGUCCGGGUGAGUGGGGCCCUGGACUUUGAGGAAUCACCUUUCUAUGAGAUCUAUGUGCGAGCCCAUGAUGGAGGGAUCCCGGAGAUGGAGGGCCACUGUGUACUGCAGGUGGAAGUGGAGGAUGUCAAUGACAACCCCCCAGAGGUGUUGCUCACCUCCCUGCUGAACCCAGUGCCAGAAGACACCCCACCGGAGACCGUCAUGGGGCUCUUCAACAUACGGGACCGAGACUCGGGGGCCAAUGGGGAUGUGAGCUUGGAGAUCUCCCCUGAUGUGCCUUUUGCCAUCAGGUCCCUUCAGAACCACUUCUCCCUGGUCACCCGGGAGAGCCUGGACCGAGAGUCCACCUCACAGUAUGUAGUGGAGCUGAUUGCCCGGGAUGGUGGGUCUCCCGCUCUCACCACGACCCUCCUGCUGCUCCUCAACAUAUCUGACGUGAAUGACAACCCCCCGCGCUUCUUGCAGCCCUCCUAUGAUGCCUUCCUCCCAGAGAACAACCCACCUGGCUCCCUGCUGUGCACUGUCUCUGCCUCGGACCCCGACGAUGGGGAUAAUUCCCGGCUUGUUUACUCCAUAGAGAGUGGCCAAGUGCAGGGUGCCCCCACCUCUUCCUUUGUCCACAUCAACCCUGACAAUGGCAACCUCUAUACUCAGCGCACCUUUGACUUUGAGCAGCUGCAGGUUCUGCCAGUCUCUGUGGCUGUGCGGGACUCGGGGUCCCCCCCGCUCCACGCCAAUGUUACUGUCUACAUUUUUGUGCUGGACCAGAAUGACCACCCCCCCACCAUCCUGCACCCUGCCAGUGACAGUGAUGUCCCGGCACCCCAGAGGGUCCCACUGUCUGCCCCACCGGGCUACCUGGUCACCAAGGUGACAGCAGUGGAUGCAGAUGCCGGGCACAACGCUUGGCUUUCAUACCGACUGCUGCCGCAGUCCACCGACCCCUCCUUGUUCCACGUGUCGCUGUACAGCGGGGAGGUGCGGACGGCGCGUGCCCUUCAGGACACUGACGUGGCAGCGCAGCAGCUCAUUGUCCAGGUGAUGGACAACGGCGACCCACCGCUCUCCACCACUGUCACCAUCACCGUGGCCCUGGAGGAGGUGACCCUGGAGGACAGCUACAAGCCUCGGGAUUUCCUGGCUGGUGCCAAGGAGAAGCCGGACCUGACCCUCUACCUGAUCAUCGCGCUGGCAGCUGUUAGCACUGUGGCGCUCGCCACCGUCACCCUCCUGGCUGCCCGGUGCCUCCGGCGCAGAGGCCGUGCCGCCGCCUCGCCCUGCUGCUGCUGCUGGCUCAGCGAGUCGCCCUCCCGGGACUUCUUCAAGCACUCCAGCCCCAAGCUCCAGCUCAGCUCCGACGGCACCCUUAAGUACAUGGAGGUCACCCUGCGACCCACCGACUCCCAGUCCCAGUGCUACGGCACCUGCUUCUCCCCCGGCUCCGACCGGAGCGACUUCACCUUCCUGCGGCCUUGCCCGCCCCCCGCGACCCUACCGAGGGAAACCGGGGCUUUCCUCUCCGCCACCGGUACGCUGCGGGACCCCGGCCAGGAGCGCGGCGAUUGGAGGAGCGGCGCGGCCCUGGGAGCCAAUAGCGAGGCGGCUGCGCGGAGCACCGGCGUCCCCCGCCCCCGUCGAACCGCGUCCGCCCCAAACAAUGAAUGGGAGCGGCGAGCGCUGAGCGCGGCCCCGGAGCGCGGUGGGCAUCGCUCCCCGGCCGCCCACCCGGCAAGGAUGCCGAGGGCAGGGAAGGCGGGCCGGUCCCUGGGACUGCCGCGUGUCUUCUCUUUCUGUUUGUUCUUGCACAGCUCCUCUGCUCAGAUCCGGUACAGCAUCCCGGAGGAGCUCACCCGGGGCGCCUUCGUGGGCAACAUCGCGAAGGACCUGGGCACCGAUGUGGCGAAACUGGCGGCAGCUAAUCUGCAGGUACUGUCCGAUUCGGAUUCCCAGUACUUCUCGGUCAAUGUGAACACCGGUGUUAUAAUGGUCAGCGAGCGGAUAGACCGGGAGCAGCUCUGCGGGCAGAACCCCCGCUGCUUCCUCCACCUGAAACUUGCCAUCGAGAACCCAGUGGAGUUUUACCGCAUUGAGGUGGAGAUCCUGGAUAUCAAUGAUAACCCCCCACAGUUCCCCAGUGACGAGGUUUCCUUGCGCAUCUAUGAGCUGGCAUCCCUGGGUGCCCGCUUCCCCAUCCAGCCUGCCCAGGACCCAGACGUGGGCACCAACACCUUGCAGACCUAUCACCUGAGUGCCAAUGAGAACUUCAACCUCAACGUGAAGGCACGCACAGAUGGUGGGAAGUUCCCUGAGCUGGUGCUGGAGAGGGCCCUGGACCGGGAACUCAGGGCUUUCCACCAGCUGGUCCUGACUGCCGAAGAUGGGGGCUCUCCCCCUCAGUCCAGCAAGAUACGCAUCACUAUUCAGGUCCUGGAUGCCAAUGACAACCACCCAGUCUUUGACAGACCCUCAUACGGAGCCCGCUUGGUGGAGAACUCGCCGCUGGGCACCCUUGUGGUGAAGUUAAAUGCCACUGAUGUGGACGAAGGGCCCAACGGAGACAUCCGCUACUCCCUCAGCAGCCACAACUCAGCUGCCUUACGCCAGAUCUUUGCCAUCGAUGAGCAAACUGGGGAGAUUCGCGUCCAGGGCAACCUGGACUUCGAGGAGGCAACGGUCUAUGAGAUCGAAGUGGAGGCCAAGGACAUGGGGUCGCCCACGAUGGAGGAGCACUGCAGCGUGGUGGUGGAAAUCACUGAUGUGAACGACAAUGCUCCUGAGGUCAUUCUUACCUCCUUCUCCAGCUCCCUGAGCGAGGAUGCACCCCCGGGCACAGUGGUGGCCGUGAUACACGUCAGAGACAGGGACUCUGGUGAGCAGGGCAAGGUCCAGUGUCACGUGUCUCCGGAUCUUCCCUUCCAGCUGCGUAAGGACUAUGAGCACCAGUACUCACUGCUAACCAGCACCCAUUUGGACCGGGAGCAUAUUGCCUACUACAAUGUCACUGUCUCUGCCUCGGACCUGGGCAGUCCCCCGCUCUCCCGCCACACCAUCUUGCCAAUUGCCCUGGCAGAUGUCAAUGACAAUGCGCCCCAGUUUGAGCAAGCGUCCUAUGAAGUGCUGGUGGCAGAAAACAACCCAGUGGGCAGCGUGCUGGUUACAGUCUCUGCUGCCGACCCUGACUCGGAGCAGAAUUCCCGCCUCUCCUACUCCAUCGUGCGAGCUGGUGGGACAGAUCCAGGCCUGGAUCCGACUCGCUACCUCUCCAUACAUCCCACAAAUGGGCAGGUCUCUGCCAAACUCCCCUUUGACUAUGAGCAAACCACCUAUCUCCAGUUCCAUGUGGAGGUCUCGGAUGGUGGCUCCCCAGCCCUGAGGAACAGGACGCUGGUUCAUGUUUUUAUAGUGGACCAGAACGACAAUGCCCCACGGGUGCAUUUUCCCAGGGCUGGGGAGGACUCUGCUACCCAGUUACGAAUCUCCCCCUCCACCACCCCUCCUGCUCUCAUCACCAAGGUGGUGGCAAUAGAUGCGGACUCGGGGCGCAAUGCCUGGCUCUCCUACCACCUCGUGGAAGCCACAGACCCAGGGCUUUUCAGUGUGGCCCUGCGCUCCGGGGAGAUCCGGAUCAUGCGGGCCCUGCAGGAGUCGGAUGCCUCUGCGCAUGAACUGCUGGUGGUGGUCCGGGAUGCUGGGGACCCCCCACUCUCCACAGCCGUCACACUGGUGGUGCUAGUGGAGGAGAAGGGCCCAGAGGCUUUGCAGGGCUCCGAGGCUCGGGCCACUGAUGGUGGGGGCUUACCCACGAUUACACUUUAUCUGAUUGUGUCCCUAGUUCUCAUCUCCACUGUCUCGCUGGUGGGACUGGCAGCACUGGGCAUACGGUGCCUCCGGCGGGGCUCUGCCCCUGCCAACCAGGGCUGCUGCGUGGAGAGCGUGAACACGCUGCAGCCCCCUCCCAGCCACAUUUCUGGGCACUUGCACUAUGAGCCUAAGCAAGGGGACAUGGUGAUGGGUGUCCAGGUGACAGCCACGGCACCCCCUGCUCCGCGUUACCGCUCCUGCUUUUCACCGGUCUCGGACAUCAGUGAAUUCAUGUUUGUGAAACCCUCCGCGGGUCCAGCCGGUGCCAACCCGCCGGAUCCCACCCUGUGCAGCGAGCAAGCUCAGCCUAACACAGACUGGCGCUUCUCUCAGACCCAGAGGCCUGGAACGAGUGGCUCCCAGAAUGGAGAGGAAGGUGGAGCCUGGCCGAACAACCAGUUUGACACGGAGAUGCUCCAAGCCAUGAUCCUGGCUUCAGCAAACGAAGCUGCUGAUGGCAACUCAACCCUGGGCGGCGGGACGGGCACCAUGGGGCUGAGCGCCCGCUAUGGCCCCCAGUUCACGCUGCAGCAUGUCCCCGAUUACCGGCAGAACGUCUACAUCCCGGGCAGCACUGCCACCCUCACCAACGCCGCUGGCAAGCGUGACGCCAAGAGCGCCGGUUCCUCGGGAGGCAACAAGAAGAAAUCCGGGAAGAAGGAGAAGAAGUAGAGAAGAAGAAGGAGACCUUAGAGCUACAGGGCAGCCGGCUCCAGCACUCCCCCAAACCACAGCCCAGGCCGGAGGACGAAUGUGAUUUUUUUUUUUUUUUUUUGUGAUGCAAAAAGUAGGAAAUGCUGCGAAUGUAUCUCAUCAUCAUCAGAGCUAGGAGCAGGGUCUUGCUGCUGUUAGAUCUCAUGAUGAAAACCAAUCCAGAAGCUAAACCGAACACAAACAAGUGCCCUGUGAAUACUUGCUAAUGUUUUAUACGAUCCCUCGGGUAUUAGAAUAUGCAAGGGUGGAAGGUCUUUUGCCACAUCUUUGGAUCCGAUUUGUUCCCAGAUAGUCCGAGAAAGGCACAAGGCUUGUGCUCGGCUUUGCCCAGUGUAAAUAAUUUUAAUGCGGAUAUUUUAAUUUAUAGACCUUCAGUCAUUUUUUUUUUUAAAGGAAAAGGCAGUUCCUAGCUUAGAGCCCAUGCUCCAGAUCUUUGCUCUUAAACUUUCCAUUAGUAAAAUUCACCCUCAGUUAAUGAUAGCGAUGGAUUUGUUGCUGAGAAGUUGGUAGGGAGUGCUUCAGUUCCUGCUU